UUCGUAUCAUUGAAGAACUUGGAAAGCCUUUACACGUUUGAAGUUGUGGGAAUCCUAAAGCUGUUCUGCUCUAAUUGAAACCUACACCAAAUCCAUAAAUAAGAAGAGUAAUACCACAAAUAUGUCGCCGAUUCGAGUAUUUAUAAUUGGGGGCCGACGAAGCAACAUCUUCGAUCCUUUUACUCUCAAAUUCUGGGACUCUUACGGAGACUUUCCUCUUCGUUCUUCACUAACUUCUAUCCAUUUUCCUGCAUGUUCUCGAAAAACCUCAGCUUUUGCCAACGUCCGAAUCGACUGGAAGGAGACACCAGAAGCCCACUUACUCAAAGCGGAUCUUCCGGGACUGAAGAAAGAGGAAGUGAAGGUUGAAGUUGAAGACGGAAGAGUGCUUCAGAUAAGCGGAGAGAGGAAUUUGGAGAAUGAAGACAAGAACGACACAUGGCAUAGGCUGGAGCGCACCAGUGGCAAGUUUUUGAGGAGUCUCAGGAUUCCGAAGAAUGCAAAGAUGAAUCAGAUUAAAGUUGCAAUGGAGAAUGGAGUUCUCACCGUAACGAUUCCUAAAGAAGAAGUGAAGAAGCCGAAUGUCAGGGCUGUUGAGAUUUCUGGCUAAUUACCAUCCUCUGCAUCUUCGAUGGAGAAUGGAGUCUUUUUGCUUGUUCUGUUGAUUUGCAAUUUCGUGUUUUUGUUUUUGUUUUUUUCCUAAGCUUCAAGUGUGAAAGUAGACUAAUACUAUGUACCGUCUUUAUUUGAAGAUUGUAUGUAUAAGUCUAGUGAAUUUUAUUUUUAAA